AGCAGAAGCCAAGAAGGGAGAGGAAAGGACAGGCAGACAGAGGAACAGGCUGGAAGCUGGACAGGCUGACGGAUUCAGGGCUGUGGCAUGAAGCUCCUGCCCAGCUGGACAGUGGUGCUGUCUGUGGGCCCUCUGAGCAGGGCCUGGCCCUGGGCAGAGCAACCCAGAGUAGGAACUGCUGACACCUAUGCCCCAACGAUGAGGGCCCAGGAGGAACCUGAGGGCCAGACACAGCAUGUGGCCCUGGGCUUAGCAGGGACCUCCACAAGGGACCCACCGGUGCCCCUGCCUACAGAGCCAAAGUCUGACAUGUUGUACAAGAUCGAAGAUGUGCCACCCUGGUACCUGUGCAUCCUGCUGGGCUUCCAGCAUUACCUGACAUGCUUCAGUGGCACCAUCGCUGUGCCCUUCCUCCUGGCUGAGGCGCUGUGUGUGGGCCGUGACCAACACAUGGUCAGCCAGCUCAUUGGCACCAUCUUCACCUGCGUAGGCAUCACCACCCUCAUCCAGACCACACUGGGCAUCCGGCUGCCGCUGUUCCAGGCUAGUGCCUUUGCAUUUCUGGUUCCAGCCAAAGCCAUCCUGGCCCUGGAGAGAUGGAAAUGCCCCCCAGAAGAGGAGAUCUACGGAAACUGGAGUCUGCCCCUGAACACCUCUCAUAUCUGGCACCCAAGGAUACGAGAGGUCCAGGGUGCAAUCAUGGUGUCCAGCACAGUGGAAGUGGUGAUCGGGCUGAUGGGGCUGCCUGGGGCCCUGCUCAGCUACAUUGGGCCUCUCACAGUCACCCCCACUGUCUCCCUUAUUGGUCUCUCUGUCUUCCAAGCUGCUGGUGACAGAGCUGGUUCCCACUGGGGCAUCUCAGCUUGCUCCAUUCUCCUGAUCGUCCUCUUCUCCCAGUACCUGCGCAACCUCACCUUCCUGCUGCCUGUCUACCGCUGGGGCAAGGGCCUCACUCUCUUCCGCAUCCAGAUAUUCAAGAUGUUUCCGAUUGUGCUGGCCAUCAUGACCAUGUGGCUGCUCUGCUAUGUCCUGACCCUGACGGAUGUGCUGCCCACAGACCCUACAGCCUAUGGCUUCCAGGCACGAACAGAUGCCCGAGGGGACAUCAUGGCUAUUGCACCCUGGAUCCGAAUCCCCUACCCAUGUCAGUGGGGCCUGCCCACGGUGACUGCCGCUGCUGUCCUGGGAAUGUUCAGUGCCACUCUGGCAGGCAUCAUUGAGUCCAUUGGAGAUUACUAUGCUUGUGCCCGCCUGGCUGGUGCGCCACCCCCUCCAGUACAUGCUAUCAACAGGGGUAUCUUCACCGAAGGCAUCUGCUGCAUUAUCGCAGGGCUGUUGGGCACGGGCAACGGGUCCACCUCGUCCAGCCCCAACAUUGGCGUCCUGGGUAUAACCAAGGUCGGCAGCCGGCGUGUAGUGCAGUACGGUGCUGGCAUCAUGCUGGUCCUGGGCACCAUUGGCAAAUUCACGGCCCUCUUCGCUUCGCUCCCUGACCCCAUCUUGGGAGGCAUGUUCUGCACCCUAUUCGGCAUGAUUACCGCCGUGGGGCUGUCCAAUCUGCAGUUCGUGGACAUGAACUCCUCCCGCAACCUCUUCGUGCUCGGAUUUUCCAUGUUCUUCGGGCUCACGCUGCCAAAUUACCUGGAGUCCAACCCCGGCGCCAUCAACACAGGCAUCCCUGAAAUGGACCAGAUUCUGACUGUGCUGCUGACCACGGAGAUGUUUGUGGGUGGGUGCCUCGCUUUCAUAUUGGACAAUACAGUGCCAGGGAGCCCAGAGGAACGAGGUCUGAUCCAGUGGAAAGCCGGAGCCCACGCCAACAGUGAGAUGUCUACUGGCCUCAAGAGCUAUGACUUCCCUAUUGGGAUGAACGUGGUAAAAAGGAUUGCCUUUCUGAAAUACAUUCCUAUUUGCCCAGUCUUCAAAGGAUUUUCUUCAAGGUCAAAAGACCAGCUUCCAGUUCCAGAAGAUACUCCAGAAAGUAGAGACACUGGGCCCGCGAGCACCAAAGUCUAAAAAAUUACUACUAGGAAAGCACAUCUUGCCAGCAGGGUUGUCCUGAGGCACUGAGCCCACACUGGAGUAUCACCACUGGAGAGUCUGCAUUCAGCACCAAUAAACACAACCAUCAGCUCGG